AUGGCUGUCCUAAAAACUUCAGGUCUUCUAAUCUCCUCUUCAGGGACAAAUAUUUCUUCAAAAAGAAUCAAUGCUGCUAUUUCUCUCCCAAAACUUCCUAAAAUCCGUUUCCCACUUCCCAGAAAUUUGGUUAAGGAAAUGAUCUUAAAAGGUUCCAUCUCAAAAGCCAUCCCAGCGGAAAAGAAUGCCACCACCACAACAAUAGAUGAAUCUUUCAUCAAUUCCACUGCUACUGAAAUUUCCCAGCUUUAUGCCAUCUUAGAGAUUGUUGCUGAUAGAGCAGAGAUGCAUAGAAACCUUGGUGAGCAACGGGACAAUUGGAACAAACUUCUUUUGAACUCUAUUAACAUGAUCACUCUCACCGCUACUACCAUGGUUGGCGUUGCAGCAACAAGUGGUGCAGGUGUUCCUCUUUUGGCUUUGAAGCUGUCCUCGACUCUUUUGUUCUCUGCAGCUACUCUGAUGUUGCUUAUCAUGAACAAUAUCCAGCCCUCACAGCUUGCAGAAGAGCAACGUAAUGCCACAAAAUUGUUUGGACAGCUUCAUAGCCAAAUACAAAUUACAAUUGCUCUUCAUGAUCCAACAGAGUUGGACGUGAAGGAUGCAAUGGACAAAGUAUUGGCUCUUGACAAAGCUUACCCACUUCCUUUGCUUGGGAAAAUGAUUGAGAAGUUUCCUGCAAAAUUUGAGCCAGCCGUUUGGUGGCCCAAAACUAAAAACUUCCAAAGAAAUAGCAAAAGACCUGGAAAGAAUGGAUGGAGUGAGGAGCUUGAAAUGGAGAUGAGGGAAGUUACUGAAGUGAUAAAAGGAAAAGAUACAGAAGAUUAUAUGAGGUUAGGAAACUUGGCAUUGAAGAUAAACAAGAUUUUAGCCAUCUCAGGUCCAUUGCUAACUGGCAUUGCAGCCGCUGGGUCGGCAUUUGUGGGUAACGGUUCUUGGGCAGCAAUAGUUGCAGUGGCUGCGGGUGCAUUAGCUUCCACAGUUGAUACAUUUGAGCAUGCUGGCCAAGUUGGUAUGGUGGUUGAAAUGUACAGAAACUGCGCUGGAUUCUUCUCACUUAUGGAGGAAUCAAUUGAGUGUUCACUAGAAGAAACAGAUUUUGAUAGAAGAGAAGAUGGAGAAAUGUUUGAAAUAAAGAUGGCUUUACAGCUCGGAAGAAGCUUAUCAGAGCUUAGAAAUCUUGCCCAAAAAUCUUCUUCUUCACGUAUGGAUGGAGCCGAAGUAGAUGAAUUCGCUAGCAAACUCUUUUGAUAUCUAGAAUGCUUUUUUGUUCAU